GCAACACGUUCAGUGGUCUGUCAGACAUAGUGGAGUGAGGAUGUCGCAGCGCGCGUCCACGGGAUGUGUGCUCGACGCGAGUGGGUGCCUGGAUCUGGAGAGUAUUUUGACAGCGUUCGGUGCCCCGAUAUCCGAGGAGCAGGCGUGGGCGCUGUGCUACACGACCAUUCAGUGCUUUCUUGACCUGAAGGACGAGGACAAAACCAAGGUGUCGCUGUCCCCCAGCCUGACCCAUGUCAUCCUGCACAAAGAUGGUUACGUCCACGAGGAGACGCUGCUGCCCACCUCCACCUCCACCCAAGGCCGGAGUCGGGUCAGGGUACUCUCCGAGGGAAAGGUAAGUGUUGACUCUUGCCUCACCUGUCUGUGUGUUUGAACCCACCUGUGUGUUGGCCCGUCUGUCUGCCUGUUUG